GUCUCGUUUUGUUUUUGUUGUAGAAUUUGAAUGUUUUAUUUAUAGUUUUAAUUUCAAAAGAAAUCGGAAAGAAAAUUUACUUGCACACCGAAUAUAACCGCGUAAAAAUUGAUUGCGGGCUCAAUAGCGUUUUCCGUAUAGAGUCGUGUCGCACCAGAGAGUUGCCGUAAAAAUCGUUUAAAGGAGUCCAAGUCGUUGGGAACUCGCCACGCAAAUUUUCAUCAUUGGUAAUAAUAUGUCGAGUCGUGAGGCGGGUGCUGACAAAAAUGUUGGCACCCUCCCUAAAAACCUGGUGGAGGACACAGAAGAGCUUCGCCAGGGAGGCGGUGCAUCAAGCAUUCGCAAGACGGGCGGCGGAGCAGUCGAGUCCCGGAAUGAAAAAAAAAACAGCCCCUGCCUUUUCUUUUUCGAGGAUGAGGUCUUUCGCAUUGAUUCGCGGGGUCGCGUGCACUUUGGGGUCGUAACCGAGACGGCCGAGUCGCACUCAUCGGAGGACGAGGAUGAUAACGAUCCGCUGUUUACGGGCGAGGUUCGUGUGUCCUUCUAUCCCGAUGGCAAGGAACAGAUUCGAAAGGAGUCAGCGAUUGGCCUCGCAGACCGCACAUUGAUGCCUGGCGAUGUUGUGCGUCGCCGCCUGCCUGGCCAGAGAGAUCUCACUGGGCCGUCUGGCUAUGUGAGGAAUGUUAGCGUGACGGCGGACGUGAAGGUGCUUGGCUCCAAGUUCGUCAUCAAGAAUGUACCUGCGGAGCGUUUUCGUCCGAUCUCACAGUGGGCACGUGAUGUAACCGUAUGCUUUGACACCUGGGUGGGCACCACCAUCAAUGUGGACGAGGUCGCUGUGCUCAGAACUUGCAAUGGAGGCAAGUUUGAAAUUGGAUCGUCCUGUUUCCACAAGUUCAGGGAUGCAACGAUGCCUGAAGUACUCACUCAAAAUGUGAUGUUUCCCGGCAACGUGGUUGUGGGUCGUCUGCCGUCCUGUGAUCGCUUUCAAAAUCUAACUCCGGAUAUACCAUUGCCCGCAAAUCGCAAGCGAGCCUUGUAUGUCGUGGAAUCGAUCAAAACCCUUGGAGUGAACGUGGCCUGGACAUGUCGUGCCACCACAAACGACUGCAAUGGCGAUCCUCUCAAGCAGCCAAAAACUCAUAUCUUGGGCGAAGAAUUGAAGAAAAUGAAGCGCCUCAAUCUCUAUGAAUCUUACAUGCUUCAAAUUCACGAUCGAUUCUUCCUAACAUAUUCAAAACACGAUACACUGCUCGAUCAACAGGAGUGGGAGGAUGAAAUCUCGGCUAAAUAUAAGUCCAUUUACGAAAAUCAGGGAAUUGUCGAGACUAAACGGAGCAAGCCGAAAGGCUCCAGUAGUGGCAAUGCCCGCAAUAUGCCCAAAAUUCGACGCCUUUCGAAUAAGUCUGUCAAUUCGCGUUCACGUUCCAAUGGCGAUAUCGAAGCCGUCGCCAAUGUCUCACUCAAAGGCCGCGAAGCGGGCACUGGCUCGUCCCCAAAGCUUUCAACAAGCAACCAUGACGAGUCCGCGGAACUGACUGAGGAUGGUGAUGGCGAAGAAGUAUGCCUAGACGUGACUACAGAAUCGGAAGGCCAAGAGGAACUGGCAGCCGGACCACUACCAGUGGCAAGUGAUGAUAAGAAUAAGACACCAGUGGCUUACUCCACAAAUACGAGUGGUGUUGGCGGUAGUGUUGCUGGCGCAGCUUAUAAUCAGCAGCGGAUCUCCGUGCGGAUUGGCAAACGUUCCUCCAAAAAGAAGAAGCUUCAAAAGAAGACACUCACAUCACCAUUUAUUAAGAAACAUAUAGAUCCUCGCGACGGUGAUGAGAUUGUGGUGGAGACAUUAGUGGUACGCAGCACCGCGACCGUCGUGUGGCAGGAUGGCAGCGUGGAGGAGAACAUUCAGUCGACCCAUCUUUAUCCCAUACACCAUCUGGACAAUCAAGAGUUCUUUCCGGGUGACUUUGUAAGCAAGGGGAACGAGAACAACCUCUCGCAGACCGAAUAUGGCGUAAUACAGUCCGUGGAUCAUGAUGAACGUAUUGCGAAGGUCAAAUGGUUCAAUAUUUAUACCAAAAAGGACACAGUUCCCACAUGCAAGGAGGUGGAGGAGCUGAGCGUUUAUGAUUUGAAGGAUCACGCCGACUAUCAGUAUCGACCCGGCACCAUGGUCAUUAGGGUCUCGAAUUUUACAAACGAGAAUGUCAACUCGACAGCUGGCCAGGUGAUCGACAACUUUCCCGAUGGCCGUGUGCGCGUCUGGUGGGCCUUGGGACAUAUUACCAUGUGCUAUCCACAGGAUCUCUUUGAGAUCAAUCAGAGUGAUCAGGACCACGAUGGCUAUCUGUCCGAUGGGUCGGACAACUCGUGGGAGACCCAGUCGGAGGAUAGUAUGCACGGCCAGCUCACAGAGAAAGAGCACAUCAUAACGGGCAUCGAUAGCGUGAGCGAUGCACUGGGUAAGCUCGAGAAGAUCCACAAUCUGUUGCCGGACGCUGAAAAGUCAGAGGUGCACAUAGAUCUGGUUACCAUUUAUGCUAAUUGUCAUUACCUGGAUCGCCUGCUGAAGACCAGCUUCUUUGGCCCGGAUCAUUUCGAGCACACUUUGGACUCGAAUCGCAUCUCCGAAACCUACAGGGCCAUCCAAAGUAUAAUUAAUGUUGAUGCUGAUAUGGACUUAGCCACGACGCCAUUGAGGCUCCAGAUUGAUGGCCCACCUGUAAGCGCCCAGUCGACAUCGACGCCAACAAAGCGAAAAUCAUCAACCGAAAUAGACGAAGUUCAAUGCAAGCGAGCUGGCGACAUUGUCACCGAGGAGGAGGAAGAGCCAGCAGCCACAGAGGAAGAUAAUUGCGAAAACUCAAAGUUGAUAGCCAAAUAUCGUUGCGAAUAUAAUCAUUUGAUCGAAGUGGCGCGUAAUAGUAUUCUCGUAGCUUUUGAAAUACGGAAUAAGACAAAGAAUGAUUCUGGAGUUCACUCACGGGGCGAGAACAGCAUGAGCGAGCUGACCAACUCGGCCAGCGAUCGUGAUCCUGUCGAGCCAAAAGUGGAUCAGACGCCGUCGCCGUCGCCUACUGAGGCGAAGCCACAGGUGGUUGCUGAGUUUACGGACAGCUGCCGCACCGAAACCAUCGAGAUGUUUGCUCUGCUUAUUAAGGAACAAUUGUCGAAAUGCCGCAAGUUGGUUAAUGAUAAAAUCAAACGUGCACGCAGAGAGGCACAAGAAGCGAAAGAUACAGAUGAAGAACAUUCAGAUGGCACUUAUGAUAUUGAAACAGUGGACAUCGCCAUCGACCUCCACGAGGUGGAAUCGGCGCAGCCAAUACCUAAGGUGGAAGUUGAACAGAGCCUGUUAAAAUGCGAUGCCAUGGAGCACACAUUGGACCUGAACGCAUUGUCAGAGUCGCUGCCACCCAUUAAUCGCCCAAUGGCCUGCUCAUCGCCCUCGCCCACACCUGAAAUUGUCUCUCCAACUCGCAACUCACCCGUUUGCGAGAACUGCUUCGAGGUGCUGCCCAAUGCACCGCUUUCACAUCGCUUCAUUCGCAGUACGGUUAUACCGGCGAACAAGGCGCAGUACCAGCGAUCUAUUCAGCGUGAGUACUCCCUGCUGCAGUUGUCGCUGCCACCGGGAGUUAUUGUGCGUGCCUACGAGGAUCGUAUGGAUCUCAUGUCUGUGAUGAUGGUGGGACCCAAGCGCACGCCCUACCAGAAUGCCUUGUUCUUCUUCGACUUUCAAAUGGGUCGCGACUACCCGAAGGCUCCGCCAAUCUGUCAUUACACCAGCUACUGCACGGAGCGUCUCAAUCCGAACCUGUACGAAGAGGGCAAGGUGUGCGUAUCCCUGCUCGGCACUUGGUCAGGGCGUGACACAGAAAUGUGGUCGAUUACCAGCACCAUGUUGCAGGUGCUCGUCUCGAUACAGGGCCUCAUACUGGUCGAUGAGCCCUACUAUAAUGAGGCCGGCUAUGAGAAGCAACGCGGCACACAACUGGGCCAAGAGAACUCUCGGGUCUAUAACGAAAUGGCAAUCAUAAAACUAGCCCAUUCCACGGUCAAGCAGCUGCAGAAUCCGCCGCUCAUCUUCCGCAAUGAAUUGAUUCAGCACUUUAAGGAGUUUGGCACAGAGUUGUAUGACCGCAUACAGGCAUGGGCCGAUUACUCAUCUGAGGCACAACGCCUGAAAAUUACCAGCAUUAAGGAAAUGCCGGCGGAGUACAAGGCCCCAUGCGAGAUGCCCGAGUUUCCCCUACUCCCGUGCAGCCGUGGAUUUUGCGUUGCGGUCAAGGGUGUUCUAGCUCAACUGAAACCUGCAUUGGAUGCAUUAAAUACUGCACCGAAUCCCGCAAUGGAUGACGUGGAACCCGCUUUGGAAGCCAUCGAUGAGUCGACUGCCGAGUGGAUGGCCGUCGAAACUGGAAAGGCGCCACGCGCUGCACCAGAGGAGGGUUAAUUUCAAGCCCUCUCCAGCAAUGCCAGCGUUUUAUAUAAAUACACUCGAAUCUCUAUUUUUAAGCCUAUUCGAAUUGCUGGCAAUCGCCCCCUUUACUUAUACAAAAUGUACUUCUAAAUUAAAUUCAAUUUGUUUAUGUUGUCACACAUCCAUUAAAUAAUAUCUGCUGAGUUCUAGAAUAUAUAAGCAGCAAAUAUGUACGUAUAAUAAGUAGCGAUUAGCUAAGCCAAUUGGUCUAAUGUAGGGAAUGUCACAAAGAAGGUUUUAUUUGUAUCAUUUAAGUUGGCCCCAAAUAUCGGAUGUUA